AUUGCUCCAACCUCUGUGUCCCCUGCGAUUUUCCGGUCGAGGCUGUGCUUCUGCUCUGCGACUACUUGGAGGAAUCGUCAUCCGCAAAACAUUCGCUACGCUCCAACCUCUUUCACUGUCUCUUACCGCAGAGGAAAUUUCCCACUGAUUACCACACUUUCUGUGGAUCAUGGGGGGUUUUCCCUGUUCCUUGAAGUGGUGGUGAUCAGCCGAUGGGAAACAGAGGACGGUGCAGCAAAACACAGGAAAGGGCUGUUCUUUAUCUCGUGUUUUCUUUGCGGUUUGAGGGUGGAAAAGAAUAAUGAGUUCUUCUGGGAAAGGUUGGAACAACAGCUUUGAUUACUCGUUCAAGAUAUUGGUGAUUGGGGAUUCGGGUGUUGGCAAGAGCAGCCUUCUUCUCAGCUUCAUCUCUAACUCUGUUCAUGAUCCUUCUCCUACCGUCGGUGUGGACUUUAAGAUCAAGCUUUUGACUGUUGGAGGCAAGAGAUUGAAGCUUACAAUUUGGGAUACUGCUGGACAAGAGAGGUUUGGGACAUUGACAAGCUCGUAUUAUAGAGGCGCGCAUGGACUUAUAUUGGUUUAUGAUGUGACGCGGCGAGAGACUUUCACGAAUUUGUCGGAUAUAUGGCCAAAAGAAGUGGAUCUUUACUCUACAAAUCAGGACUGUAUCAGAAUCUUAGUUGGGAACAAGGUUGAUAAGGAGAGUGAAAGGGCUGUAACUAGGGAAGAAGGAAGAGAUCUAGCUCAAAGACAUAGAUGUUCGUUUCUUGAAUGUAGCGCGAAAACUAGAGAGAACGUCAAUCAAUGCUUCAAGGAGCUUAUACAGAAGAUGAUGGAGGUGCCUAGUAUACUAGAGAAGGGAUCUGUGGCAGUGAAGAAGCAAAUCCUAAAACAGAGAGAACUGGAUCAACCGCCUCGCCAAAGCAGUUGCUGUUCGUAGAUAAUAAUUGUUCAACAUACAAAAACAGAUAGGUGAUAUAGACAUACUGUUGACAAAUAUACAACAUGUUUGACAGAAGAUUUACUGCUGAAAAUUGACUAAAAAGAAUGAUUCUGGGUACAUUGUAAAUCUGAUGGUAGGUAUAUUUUCAAAAUCUGUUGAGUCGGAGGAUUCUAUUCCUGCGCUACAGUUUAAUAUUGUAUACCAUUGAUUUGUUUUUUGUUUUUUUUUUCUGUAAAUAGAGAAAGUUCUGUACUUUUAAUUUGUCUAAUGAAGUAUCUCUAGUUUCA